AUGCAUGAUGAACGUUUAAAUACAGCAUUAUUUGAUUUUAUAACACCACAUCGUCCAAAUGAUGAACAUACAUUUACAUCAAUAUCAAUGAGUUUAAAUAUGCAUCAUGAACUAGCAAUAAGAUAUCGUGAUGCAGGAAAAAGAUUAUUAAAAAUAUUUCGGUUUAAUCAACAAACAUCAUCAGCUCAUCUAUCAGUUACAUUACAAAGUUUACUUCAAUAUCAUUCUGAUCCAGCUGAUACAUUUUAUUUAGCUGAAUGUUGCUGUCAAAGUGAACAAUGUUUAAAACAAGCACGUCUUUUAUCAUUACAACUUGAAUUAUUACCACGUUUUGAACAUUGUUGGCAUGCAUUUAUUAUAGAUGAUGCUUACAAUGAACAUACAUUAUAA